UUUAUUUAUAGCCCCUCCAACGGCAACAGUCAGUAACAACUUUUCCGAGGGGUGUGUGUGGUUGGUUAGUGGAGAUAAAGGACUAGUUAGUGAAUUUGUUUGGCCAUGCAACAGGCCUGGGAUAAGGCUCUCUUUGAGGCUCACAUCGAAGGUGUCAAGAACGGCCAAACUGGUGAAAUGUCGGGGAAAAGCCAAGGAGGAUAUAUGGGAACCAAGACGUCCAACGAACACUUCCAGAGCACCAGCGUGUCCGACGGCAAUGAUAACAAGCCCCAGCCAGUGGGUGGUGUCCAGGGCCAGCUGAGUGGUGGGGGUGGGACCCACCAGAACCACCAGAACACACAGCUCCUCUUGACACCCGCCAGUAUCCAGCUAGCCCAGCUCCAGGCCCAGCUCACCUUCCACCGCCUUAAACUGGCCCAGAGUGCUGUGGGGGGCAACGCAAACUCUGCAAACGCAGCCAGCAUCCUCAAUCAGGUCCUUGCCAAUGUGGCCAUGUCCCAGCCCCUCUUCAACCAGCUCCGCGCCUCGGCCAUGGUCAGUAAUCCCCAAGCAGUUGGUGGUGGUUUCCACUCCAGUGCCCUAGCCUUCCAACUGCCUCCACCACCGCCGCCACCGCCGCCACCCCCCAACUCUGCCCUGGGGACUUUGGUAGGGGCCGGAUUCAACCAGAAUCAUGGUAAUCUGAGGCUGAACCAUUACGGAGGUGGGGGUGUUUCUGGGAACCAACAGCAGCAGCAACAGGCCAACCAGCAUGGUGGAUCAGACUACGGCAAGAAAGCUGGCUCAACAUACCCUUCAGAUAUGGAUAGGCGUCUCCAGUAUGGCUUCACAGGGGGGACGUCGGUGGCAUUGAGUGAAGCUGGAGAGGGACAAGGACAGUACGUGCCAAUCAUGACUCAGGCAAAGAGUACAAACCAAGGCUUUCAGAUUGACUUCUAUGGUCAGAGUCAACAACAACAGGCUGGGUUCGGUGUUGGGAAUCAAAACUAUCAGAACAAGAACGCUUUUAAUGAGCAGCAGUGGAAAAGCCCAGGUAACAUGAGCCACGCGGGAAAAGGGUUGGACAUGGUUUCCAAUACUGCCACAGUAUGGAGGGGGACUGGGCAGCCAGUCCGUGCCAGAGAGGAUCUGUACAAUCCAGAGGAGCCAACCUCUGACCCCAAGUUAAAGUCCGGCGGUGGGGAAAUUACUUCCUCGUUCGGAGAAGGCAUGGGUGGCACCAAGGGGUUUGUGGGAUACCACAAGCAGGCCCUGCAGGGGGGAGAGGAGAUCCUGCCUACAGGUGGUUCCGUACAACUCCAACCUCACCAGCUGAAUGACUUCCAUGCCGUGACGCCAUCCCACCUGCCCCACCAGUGCACCAUCUGUGAGAAGAAGGUCUAUAACCUCAAGGACUGGGACCAGCACGUGAAAGGUAAACUACACCUGCAGAACCGCUUGCUGUACUCUGAAGGUGCUACAAUCACAGCCGGAGCCGUCUACUACGGUCCAGCCGGGUCGUCUGAAGGAUGCCUAAACAACGUCGGAGUGAAUAACUCCAUGGCUUACUCUUCCACCGCCAAUCAAGAUGUAUCAUCCGGAGCUAACCUACCAGCUGGAGUAAUGAGAACCUAUCCCAUGUCAGGGGCUGGAUUUACCCAACUCCCACCUGGGUCAAAGGUAUUUCCACCCAGGAAAUCAAUCACAGGACGGGUGGUCCACAUCUGCAACCUCCCCGAGGGCAGCUGCACAGAGAAUGAUGUCAUCAACCUGGGACUGCCCUUCGGGAAAGUCACCAACUACAUCCUCAUGCGCUCUACCCACCAGGCGUUUGUGGAGAUGGCGUACAUUGAGGCGGCCCAGGCUAUGGUUCAAUACUACCAGCUGACUCCAGCCACAAUCAACGAUCAGAAACUACUGAUCAGGAUGUCCAAGAGAUACAAGGAGCUUCAGCUCAAGAAACCAGGUAAAGACGUUGAUUCAAUCAUCCAGGAUAUCAACUCUCUGAGGGAAAGGGACGAGAUGCAGGAGAUUGAUCACUACAUGCCAGAGAGAGCGCGGUCCCGUAGUCCCAUCAGCCGCUCUCUGAGCCCUCGCUCCCACAGCCCCAGCUUUACCUCCUGUAGUUCAGCCCACAGCCCGCAGGGGGCACCCUGCCGAGGAGGCCCGGAACGGGGCUCCUGGACCGCCAAACACAUGAGAAAGGGGGACGAGGACAGAGAACGAGAGAGAGAAAGGGACGAGGUGCCAUGGAGGAACGGAGGUACAGUGGAUGACGACAGGCUGAACGGGAGGAUGCAGGAUCGAUGGAACAAGCCGUACCUGAAACCCUCCGACCGAGACCGGAUCAGUCCCAGAUCAGCGGACGAAAGAGGAGGAGGAAGAGGGGAGGGGAUGAGGGGGGGGAACAGGGGGGGAGACUGGUACCCCCACCCGCGGUGUAGCCCUCAGGGGAUGCCCCCCUUCCCUUCGUACAGGAACAUGGAUGAGGACUCCUACAAAACACAGCACGUGUAUAAGUCAGAGAAGCCCCUGAGGCCACAGUACCAGAGACAUGAGGAGGGGAGAGUCAAGUCAAAGAGGAGGGAUGGAGGGGACUACCACAGAUCCAGACACUCAGAGUCAGAGCUGGGAGAGGAGUCUCUACCCACCAGGACAGGAGAAGACAGAAGACAGAGAGGAGGCUCCCCGACAUGGGGAAGGAGCAAGAAACCCACCAUGAGACACGGGACGGAGAAACCGGAAAUAGAGAUUACUGAAAAUAACGGAGAAACCGCUGAGGAUCAGCGACCCAAAGAGAAGUCUGUUUCUCCUCAACGAAGUGGCAAGCAUGAGAGAGAAAAAGACAGCGAGGCGGAGGAGUGGGAGAGUGGGGACGACACAGAGGGUGAGUGCUGGUACCCCAAGAACAUGGAGGAGCUGGUCACAGUGGACGAGGUAGGAGAGGACGACUCCAUCAUCGAACCGGACCUCCCUGAGCUGCAGGAUGACGAGGAUGUGUCAGCCUCAGACCUCCAAAAGGAUCCUACGGAGGAGGAGGAGGGAGAGGCUCCACGAUCAACCUCUACCCCCAGUCCCAGGCCCUGCUCUGAGAAGGAGUUAGCCCAGAGAGAGGAUACCGAGUUGGGUAGAGGAGGUGGGGUGGUGGAUCCUAUACCUACAGAGCAGAAAGAUGGGGAGAUUAGCACAAACCCCAGCCCCACAGACCAGUCACUGCCACAGUCACAGCCACAGCCACAGCCACAGCCACAGCCACAGUCACAGCCACAGCCACAGUCACAGCCACAGCCACAGCCACAGCCACAGUCACAGCCACAGCCACAGUCACAGCCACAGCCACAGCCACAGCCACAGCCACAGCCACAGCCACAGCCACCCAUCCCAGUAGCCUCAGAACAGCUCAGUUCAGAUCUGGAUGAUUUCCCCAACCCGGAGUUCAAGGCAGCCCUGGAAGAGACGUGUUUGGAAGUUGAAGUACUGCAGGGGCUGGCGCUAACCAAUCACGCUGGCGCGUGUGAAAGCAGCAAGACCCAGGAUGUAAUACACAAGAUGGAGGACGUGGGGAGGGAAGUAACGGUCAUGAAGCCAGACAUACAGCAGCACAAGGCUGAGACUCCUAGAGUCAUCCAGAAUUCAACACAUGUCCCACGUCCUAUAAACCUGAUAGACAUAGGGGCUCCCUCACCUUCUAGAGGGCAGGAGAAGAUUAUCAGUGAACACAGCAUCCCUCUGGGGGUGGAGUUCAUCGUGCCCAGUACGGGGUUCUACUGUAAGCUGUGUGGCCUGUUCUACACCAGCGAGGAGACAGCCAAGACCUCUCACUGUCGUAGUACUGUCCACUACAGGAAUCUUCAGAAGUACCUGUCUCAGCUGGCAGAGGAGAGUCUACUUGGUGCACUAACUGACCCCUCAGCUACAGAGUGACCUCUGACCUAUACUCAUCAUUCGGUACUGUCAAGUUGAUAUGGUGGACAGCGUUGCGUGUGUGCUACAGACUGAGUGAUCUGAGCUUGCCAAGGACUACUCAACGAAAGAGACAUGAAUAAAUGACAUAUCGGAUGGAAGUCCCACGGUGAAAUGCACUGGACCCAGAGAGAAGAGCGAUUCUCUGAGGAUUGCUUGGACUAAAACUCAUUGCUACAAAUCAAAUGAAAUGUUAUUGGUCACAUGCUCCAUAUACAGUAAUACAUAUUACCGUGAAAUGCUGACUUACGAGCCCAUUCCCAACCAUGCAGAGUUAAAAACAAAGACAAAUAUUUGCUAAAGAAAAUAGUAACGCAACAAAGUAACAAUAACGAGGCUAUAUACAAUCUAGCAAUAUGUUUGAUUUUGUACAUAGUAUAAACAAUACUGUAGUUUAAAAAGGUUCCAGUGUUAAUGUACUACGUUUGUGAAAAUGAAAACCGGUCACCAAAGAUUUGUGUUAAAAAGAUAUUUAUGUAUCUUUCACCCUUUGAUUUAUUUGCAGUAGAGAAUAAAUGUGUUUGUUUUUCAUCGUGGGAAUAAACACAGCCUUCUUUCUAGUCAUUAUUGUAGAAGUCAGACUCUGUGAUAUAGUGAACUGAAAGUCAUCCAUAUUAGUAUUUGUCCUGGUUCUGGUUCCAUGUUGUUCCAUGUAGCUGUACUCCAAGUAGUACUUUAAUCAUUUGGUUUAACUUUUCAUUUUAGUCUGUAAAGUGUUAGGGAUAUUACAUAGUGCGUUAUUAGAUGCAAAGUGCCUUGGAACAUGUCUGCCAUUGUUAGAUGUAGCGGUUUAGAAGUAAUCCUCAGGUUGGUUUAAUUCGGAUAUUUGAAUUUUGAAUGUAUAUUUCAUUACACAGUGUUUUUGUGUAUAACUGGAGGAUAUGAAGGCCUACACUUGUUAUACCUACUGUGUCUGUUCAUUGAGACAAAAUGGAAUACGGUUCCCGACAGACAUGGACAAAGACAUAUCAAAAUACAGAAAUCAUCCCAGUAUGAUGCAUUUUGCAUCAAUUUUGAAAGUUACAUAUCUUGAAAGGUUAAGUGCAGUAAAUGCUUUAGUCCUGAAAUUCUGACAAGCAGAACAUUUUGGGACUAUAUCAACAAUCGACUAAUGAAACAAAUACCUAAAAAUAUUUUUUGUGUGGAAUUUUCCUUUAAAUUGAGAUACAGUUUUGCCAAUGUAUCACCAUACGUUUUCUUCAGGUUUUCUUCUAUUGUGUUUUGUCCCGUAUUUAAUUUAAUUUAAAAAAUACUUUGACAACUUUGUGAAUUGUAAAGUUUGUCACAAUCAGGUUCAAUAUUUUGCAAAUGUCUAAAUAAUUUAUACAGUGCCUUUAAACUGUAGAGAGACUUGAACUGGACCAUGUGUGUUAUUUAAGAGUUAAAUGAAGUGUGAUUUUAAGUCAGUAUAAUAUAUUAUCGAGGCAGGGUUUGAAACUUGCUCUCUCUCUCUCUGUUUUCUACACUGUGAAUGUUGCUCCAAGUUUUAAGAUUGUGUUUAAGAUUUGGUUGAACUUUUCUUAUGGUUAUUUUCUGAUGAAAUCAUUUGAAUAAAAAUGUUAAGAGAGAAAGCUGUUUGUGUAUCAGUGGCGGAGGCUGAGGGGAGGACGGCUCAUUAUAAUGGCUGGAACGGCACAGAUGGAAUGACAACAAACACAUGGAAAACAUGCGUUUGAUGUAUUUCAUGCCAUUCCACCUAUUCCACUCCAGCCAUUACCACGAGCCCGUCCUCCCCAAUUAAGGUGCCACCAACCUCCUGUGGUGUGUGUGUUGCCAAUUUAGCAAUUUUCUCACAUUGAAUAAUGGGAUGCAAAAUAAUGAGUUUAGUUUAUUAGAUCAUUUGGAAAGCAAAACACAGUAAAAGACUACGUAAAUAAAUAAAAUCCUUGAGGAUGAGAAAAACUGCUACUUUCAUGUGCAUGAGGCAUUGUGACGUUCUACUGUUUGAGGGGAGCGCCCCCAGAUGUUAAGGUAGGAUAUUACACUUGUCAGACAAAACUAAUUGUAUAAUGAUUAUUCCUUUUGAUAGCACAGACUUGGUCAAGUCAAUUGCACUCUUGGACAUGAUCAUUGACAUUACACAUUACAGUCAAAUG